ACUGAAGAAAAGGAGUUGUUUUUUGUUUUUGUUUUUUUAUUCCAAUGAUCGUUCAUUGUUGUUUAUUUUGUUCUGUAUUUGUUUGGAUGAAAUAAAACUUACUUAGUAAAAUCAUGUGUCUUUCACGUAAUACAAUAUAUCUAAUAAAUAGCGUUUCCAUGCUCAUACUACGAUUGUUUAUGUAUAAUGUAUAAUUUUAUGCCUAAUUGCUUAUGACUCACAAACCAUACAGACUAGAAAUGAGUUAUUAAAUUCAGUCUAAUCAUAUAUUGUUUAUUAUUUUAUAUUUUUAUACUGUAAAUUUUGUUUUGGUUUAUUUAUUGUUUUAGGCUCUUUCAUUGAAAGUCCUUUUCAGAGAAUUUGAUGAAAUUCUAAUUAAACAAUCCUAAACCAUGUGAUAAGAAAUGUUGAAAAUUGGCGUCCUUUUACAUUGGUACAAGUGCUGAGAUUUCCCACAAACGUUCUCACAAAAUUUCUUUUCACUUCCUUUUCUUGCCUGUACCUGCAAAGUUAAAGCUUUCACUUUAGCCUGGCAGAUUCAUCAGAAGUUAUGGUUGACAUUUUUGAGGUGUAUGAAGCACCUGAAAAACCUGAUAAACCUGCUCACCAUUAUUUAACGGCAGAAAAAAAAAAAGUUAAGUAGAUACUGAAAAGCAGUUUGCCAGCUGGAUAGAUUUUGAUCUGUUUUCUGAUUUCAUAUUUCAAUAGUUGUAUAAUGUCUGUUCCAGAGGGGGAAUACAUACAACGCAGGUGUGAAGAGUUCAUUUAUUUCCCUAACAUCAUGUGACUUUCAUCUAACUAGUAAAUCAAAGUCUAUUGCACGUUUAUAAAUAGCACCUGUAUGGGUGGAAUGUAUCUGCCCACUAGCCGCCCCGCCCACUGUCAAAGUGCAGCUGCUUCAGGUGACCAGGCAGUCUACAUGAAUGAGUGCCGAUACGUACGAUUAGAACAUCUGGAAAAAAAGAGAAACCACUCCUUCUGCAGUCAUAAACACAUCCUGAUUUAGUGACAAGGCUCAUCAAGCUCAGUGAUUUGUUCUAGGUCAACAUCAUGGCAAGCAUUUAUGGAAACAUCAUGAACACAGACACCACCGGUGCAUCACAGGCAACAGCAAAUCAAGACAGAUUAACCGUAAAUGGUGUUGAAGCCUCCAAAAGAAUGGCUGAGACUGAUCUGGCCCGGAUGGAGAACUACAAGAGUAUAAUCACCGAAGUUGGCAGAGCAAAGCAGAUGGACCCCGCUGUGAUUGCUGCAAUCAUAUCUAGAGAGUCCAGAGCUGGAGCUGCUCUGGAGGGUGGAUGGGGUGAUCAUGGCAAUGCCUUUGGCCUUAUGCAGAUUGACACACGCUACCAUGAUGAAAAAGGUGCAUUUGACAGUGAGCAGCAUAUCACACAAGCUACUGAGAUACUCAUUAGCUUUAUUAAAGAAAUUAAAGAAAUAUUUCCCACAUGGUCCCAAGAGCAAUGUUUUAAAGGUGGAAUAUCAGCCUACAAUGCAGGUGUGAGUAGUGUCAGUUCGAAUGAGAAUAUCGAUGCCAGAACCACAGGACAAGACUACUCCAAUGAUGUUGUUGCCAGAGCACAGUAUUACAAAAGCAAGGGUUACUGAAGAACAUACAGGAACCUGUAAAACCCUUACAUUAGUGAAAUGAGUACAACUCAAGAGUCUUCCUUUUUAAUGUUAGGCCUAUUGUACUAACAGUGUUAGUUAAAUAUAGAUAUUAUAUUGCUAACUAUUUGUAAACCAUUUAAGAGUUUGAGUUUUCAAAAUAUGAUAAUUUUAAUGAUACUACAGAGCUGCUGUGA